AUGGCUUCCUUACAUUCUCGAUCAAACAGUUUCCCAUCCCAAUCUCAUCCCAUAAUCAAUGAUAUCCAAAAUAAAUUGGAAAGGCUAAAGGCCUCAAAAGCCACGUCAACAUCUUCAAUCUGUGCAAACUUGGCCAGCCUUAAAGAUUUAUAUGAUGUCAUCAAUGACAUGAUCCAGAUGCCGAUAGUCCAGCAGACCAUCCUUCACGAACAAGGUCAAAGUUGGAUUAACGAGCUUCUCGAUGGUUCUCUAAAGCUGGUCGAUGUUUGCAGUAUUUCAAGAGAUAUUGUUCUGUUAACUAAGGAAUCAGUUCAAGAGCUUGAAUCCUCAGUUAGGAGAUCAGCAGAUGGAGUCAAUGCUUAUGUGGCGUCUAGAAAGAAAGUCAACAAGAUGGUCAACAAAUGUAUCAAGAAUUUGAAUUUCUCUAAACAAAAUAGUUCAUCACUCCCAGUGAUUGGGAAAAUGCUAAAAGAGGCAGAGUCACUUGAUUUGUCUAUUCUGAAGUCUGUAUUGAUGCUAUUGUCCGGGGAAAUUGAAAAGUCGAACAGAAAGAGUUGGUCGUUGCUUUCAAAGUCCACUCAAAGAGGUUUUACAAAUGAUUUGUGUUUGUCGAACAUUCACAAGUCAUAUAAAAGCAUGGACAGCAAAACCAUGUUGGCGCAGUUGAAAGCGUCAGAAAUGAGCAUUCAAGAAAUUGAAGAGUGUUUGGAAGCCUUGUUUAGAAGUUUGGUUAAAAUUAGGGUUUCUCUUCUUAAUUUUCUAACCAAAAUGGCUUCCUUACAUUCUCGAUCAAACAGUUUCCCAUCCCAAUCCCAUCCCAUAAUCAAUGAUAUCCAAAAUAAAUUGGAAAGGCUAAAAGCAUCACAAGCCACAUCAACAUCUUCAAUCUGUGCAAACUUGGGCAACCUUAAAGACAUAUAUGAUGGCAUUAAUGAUAUGAUCCAGAUGCCCACAGUCCAGCAGACACUCGUUCGUGAAAAUGGUCAAACUUGGAUUAACGAGUUACUUGACAGUUCUCUCAAGCUCGUUGAUCUCUGCAGUAUUUCAAGGGAUAUUGUGGUGUUAACUAAGGAAUCAGUUCAAGAGCUUGAAUCCACUGUCAGGAGGCAAGCAGAUGGUGUCAAUGCUUAUGUGGCGUCUAGAAAGAAAGUCAGCAGGAUGGUCAACAAAUGCAUCAAGGAUCUGAAGAGCUCUAACAAAACUCUUUCAGAACUCCCACACAUUGGAAAAGUACUAAAAGAAGCAGAAUCGCUUGAUUUAUCAAUCCUAAAGUCUGUAUUGAUCCUUGUGUCCGGGAAAAAGGAGACAUCAGACAAGAAAAGGUGGUCGAUUUUGCUUACAAAGUCGAACGAAACCGACGAACUUUGUGCAUUGAAAAUCCACAAGUCACCAAAAAACAUGGACAGGAAAACCAUGUUGAAGGAGUUAAGCGCAUCAGAAAUGAGCAUCAAGGAAAUUGAAGAGUGCCUUGGGGCGUUGUUUAGAAGUUUAGUCCGAAAGUUUCUCUUCUUAAUAUUCUUAGCCAUUAGCCUUACUUUGGAUUCCAUUAUAUUUUUACUAAUCGACCACAAUUUCCCAUCUCAAUCACACCCAAAAGUAAACAAUGUUGAAGAUCAUUUGGAGAGGCUAAAGGCCUCACAAGCCGCAUCAACUUCUUCAAUCUGUGCAAACUUGGCUAGCCUUAGAGAUUUACACGACAGCAUCAAUAUUAUGAUCCAGAUGCCUUCUAUCCAACAUGAGUUCACUUGUGAAAAAGGUCAAAAUUGGAUAAACGAGUUGCUUGAGCGAUCUCUAAGGCUAGUCGACCUUUGUGGUGUUUCUAGAGACAUUGUCCAGCUAACAAAGGAAUCUGUACAAGAUCUUGAGUCCUCUCUUAGGAGGAACAAAGUCAACACAGCCACAUCAGAUGAUGUUAGUGAGUAUGUGGAGUCGAGAAAAAAGAUCAAAAAGAUGGUCAACAAGUGCAUCAACAACUUGAAGACCUCAAACAAAAACACAGCAUUACUCUCACCCAUUGGGACUAUUCUAAAAGAAGCAGAGUCCCUUGAUUUAUCAAUCCUCAAGUCUGUAUUGAUAGUCUUGUCUGGGAAAAAAGAGUCAUCAGGCGAGAAAAGAUGGUCGGCAAUGAUUUCAAAGAUGACUCAAACCAGACACGUGGAUUCUCAGAUGAAGCAAGAAAGUGAAGCUGAGGAUCUUUUUAUGUUCAACAUUGACAAGUCACUGAAAAACGUGGACAGAAAAAUCUUGUUGAAGCAGUUAAAAGCAUCGGAAAUGACCAUUAAAGAAAUUGAAGAGUGCUUGGAUGCCUUGUUCAGAAGUUUAGUGAAAACUAGAGUCUCUCUCCUUAAUGCUCUCAGCCUUUAG